ACAGACGAGAUCAUUCAGAAGUAUGCUUUGAAAGAAAGGGUUCCAUCGGCCUUCAUUCUAUAUAAGUAUUCCUUGUUAAUGAAAAUUUAAUUCAUUUAACACUGAUUUGGUGCUUAAUUAUGUAUUUUCCUAUGACAAUGUUUGACUACUACUUUAUGUUUGUGCAAGUAGCAAUGAAACCAUAGCCAAUCUAAAAGAUGCUGGUACCUUAAUAACAAAUCAGACGAAGAGGGACAUUGGUGAGCAAUGGAAAAACCUGUCGAACGAACACAUGCAAAAGUACAAAGAUUUGGCUGAGUUGGCCAAAGAGGAACUCACCAAGCAUAAAGCUGUACUUCCGCCAAAACCCAGAAAAAAAAAGAUACAGAACCGUAUUUCUUUAAAGUCCAUCGUUAGAAUAGUACAAAAGUUAAGCCCAGAUCAACGCCGUGCUGUUCAGCUUAUUGGGUUGGGUGGAAUAUUAGAAUUGAGGUGUACGGCUCUUAACCAUCCACUAUGUAAUUGGUUGGUGCAUAAAUUUGAUCCUGUUUCUCGUUCACUUACUGUUCAUGGGCGGACAUUCCUUCUCACUGAUUCCCAUGUUCAUGAGUGCUUGGGCAUUAAUGCACAAGGCAACCUUAUUGAGUUGGAGGGAAAUAUGUCGGUAGAAUUUUCAGAAGUUUAUAAAAACCUUGGAAUGACGAAUGGGGUAGUUCAACUGAAAGAGUUGAGAGAGUACUUGGAGAAAACGGAGGAAGUAGAUGAUGUUUUCAAGAGGAAAUUUGCCUUCUACAUCUUGGGAUGUUUUUUAUGCCCAACCACAAAGUCGGGUGUUACUCGAUCCCUUAUUAAUGUUGUUAGUGAUGUUGCGGCAAUGACCAAUCAGAAUUGGGCAAACCUGACCUUAGACUUCUUAUGCAAGGGUAUACUGGACCAACGCAAUAAGGAUCAUGCACAACCAAGCGGGUGCCUAUUCCUCCUGGUGGUUUUCUACUUGGAUCGUGUCUCUCCAAGGCCUACAGUUAUGCCUUAUGUUCGGAAAUUCCCUUCUUUGCUUGCUUGGGGUGAUUCUGAAAUUAAGAGUGUCUUGCAUCGGUUUGACCAAAUUGGAGGUUAUGACAGGGAGGGGGUGGUGGUGGUUCAUUUUACACUGGAGGAAAAAAUAAGUGGCAAUGAAGGCGGUGUGUCCCAAAUUUCAACUGGAGAUGUAACUAUGAUGACAAAUACUCUUGCAACUAUAGCAGGUCUUUUGUUGCGUCAAAAUAUAUUAAUGGCGAAGCACCUUGGCUCUGAAACGCCUUCUAAGCUGCAACCGCAAAUGGGGCAAGAAAUGGACCUAAACAAUGUCCACCUUCAAGGAGAAUUCUCUGCCCUCCUCGCAGGAGUACAUGCAUGUCAAACUUCAACACCGAACUUGUUUCAAACCCCCGAUCCUGCACUCAACCAAUCAUCCAAGGCUGUCUCAACAAAUCCAUGGCUGGCCAGCCACCUUAGCGCUGAAACUCCUUCUAAGCUGGAACCACAAACAGCUCAAGAAAUGGACCCGAACCUGUCCACCUUGAAGGAGUAUCUUAUCCCCUCCUCACGCAAGUGCAUACUUGUCAAAGUUCAACUUUAA